AUGAAAUACGGGGAGCAGUUCGAACAGGAGUCUGUUCCGCAAUGGAGCCUUUAUAACAUUGACUACAACUCUCUAAAACACCACAUCAAAACGCACACGACAAAGGACCAAGCGACGGCCAUAGCGAUCCCGGGACACCAAGACACCGCCCUCAGCAAGUUCGAGGAAGGCUUCUACGGCGAGCUGUGUUGCCAACAUGACCGAGUCGACCUCUUCGUCUCCAGCAAGGCUGACGAGAUCUCGCGGCGCCUCCAGCACUCGUCCAAUCAGAUUCACCGCCUAAUAGUACGCUGCGCAACAUCAGGCCGGAGCACCAUCUCGAUCAAACGACAGCGGCGGUUUGUCAAGUACGAGCAGGAACUCCUCCAAUGCGGCGACGACAUCCGCUCCCUGCGGCGCUUUGUCGACGCGCAGAUUGUUGCGUUCCGCAAGAUACUCAAAAAGUACAGAAAAUGGACCGGGUCGUCGACGUUGGGGACACGCUUCAGGGACAACGUCUUGUCGCACCCCAAAAGCUUCACGCGGUGCGACUUUUCGCACUUGCAGGCCAGGUAUGACGACUUGUUGGUCACGCUUCGGGCAGCAUCGCCUGCCGGCAUGAGCGGGAUUGGCUCCCCGACCCCCGAGCCGACGGUCGACUCGCGCGAUCGGCAGAGCUCCCCGAGCGAGGCGACGGUUGUGAGCGAGUCGCAGGUGGUGUACUGGAAUGAGUACGACUGCGGAAGCGAGGCGGGGGACAACGACAGGAGGGAUGAGGAUUAUGCUAUUUAUAUUGACCCGAACGAGGAGAUGAGCUUCCCCGGUAUGAAGGCUCUUGGGAAUCUUUUCUCCAACCCGGUCAAGAAGUUGAACUCAGCCUGGAUGUCGAUUCGAUCGGUGCGGUCGAGGGAGUCUCCCUUGAGCGAUGAUAUCGAGCGCGGACCACUCUUGCCGACUGACUCGACCGUUUCGACGUACGGUUCGACUCGGGCGAAGCCAUUCUCUGCCGAGCCGAGCUACUUUACGAUACCGCCUGGCAGUAGGGGUGGCCAGUCCGACACUGAUGUGGAGGAGGAUGCCAACUACUCCAACUGCCACAGUCGGAGGGGGUCGUAUGGGUAUGCUUCCUCGGAAGAUCAGUUUCCUACCGGCUAUCGUCCUCACUAUGCUGCUCUGCCGAGCAUCAAUGACCAGCGCAUUGAGCAAUACAGGGAAAACAUGUUUUUCUGGAUCACGUGGGGCUGCUACGCUGUUGCGUAUGUCUUGAUGGGGAUUGCGACUGUGCUCAUCACGGCGGGGCGUAACAAGAAGCGGCUUGAGGUGGACGCGGGUGUUACGCUGGGCAUCAUGACUUCUCUGGGGCUGGCAUGUGCGGCGAUUUGUAUGACGGUGGCCAGGCAGGAAAGGAUGGGAUGGGUUGGGCUGGUGGCGACGUGGAUUGCGUUUGCGGGGAUAUGUGCGGCCAACGGGGUGUUGCUUGUGCUUGUGGUUGGGAAUGCUCCUCUAUGA